GACCGGCAAAGAUUCCAUUAUUAACACCAGUCAAGAUGAAAGGUUUUCAGAUUCUAACUUUCUUUAUUCUGCUGAAAAUUCCAUCUGCAUUCACAUAUCCACUGUCACCUCUAGAACGUAAUUUUGCCCAGGAAUAUAUCAAAAAACUUUACAGCGUUGAUUCCGAUCUUCUGCAAGGAAGCAAAGAUUCCUCCAGAGCAAGUAUUAAGAAAAUGCAAGAAUUCUAUGGCCUCCAGGUUACUGGAGAAGUGGAUUAUUCUACUCUGGAGAUUAUGAAGAAACCUCAAUGUGGAUUUCCAAAUGUUCUCCGGUAUAACAUUGGCAAUGAGAAAUGGAAGCAUACAAACCUGACAUAUAGAGUCCUCAAUUACACCCCAAAAUUGACAGAGUCAUAUGUAGAAGGUGCUUUCAGAAGAGCUUUAGAAGUGUGGAGUGAAGUCACACCAUUGACUUUUACCAGGAUUUUUGAUGGUGAAGCUGAUAUUGAGAUCUCUUUUCAACGGGGACGACAUGGUGAUGGGUCUCCUUUUGAUGGACCUGGAAAAUUUCUGGCCCAUGCCUUUGCACCAGGUAUAAAUUUGGGAGGUGACGCUCAUUUUGACUCAGAUGAAAAUUGGUCACUGGACCCAGCAGGAACAAAUGUCUUUCUAGUGGCUGCUCAUGAAUUUGGCCAUUCUCUGGGAUUGAGCCACUCUAAAGACAUUGGAGCUUUGAUGUACCCCACGUAUGGAUAUAUUCCGGAGAAUGAGUUUAUACUGCCUGAUGAUGAUGUUCAAGGAAUUCAACAACUGUACGGUUCAUCAAGUAACAGUAAAAUUAGACCACAUCCAGUGACUCCAAAGGCAUGUGACACCAGUUUGACCUUUGAUGCAGCCUGUACAAUGCGAGGUGAAAAAAUUUACUUUAAAGACAGGUUUGCUUGGCGCAUCCAUCCAAAUAUAUAUCCAAGUAUGGUUGUGGUCAGUACCCAAUGGCCAUUUCUCCCAACUCAACUCGAUGCAAGCUAUGAAAACAAAAAAGAGAACAUUAAUGUAUUUUUCAAAGGAAAAACAUACUGGAUAGUCAGUGGAUAUGACUUGAUUGAUACUCCCAGGUCAAUAUAUGAUUUUGGUUUUCCUCGAACUGUUAAGAAAAUUGAUGCAGCUGUACAGAUUUCAAAGACUGGAAAGACAUUCUUCUUUGUGGAAGACCAGUGUUGGAGUUACAUUGAAAGUGCAGGAAAAAUGGAAGAUGGAUAUCCAAAACCGAUAGAACAUGUGUGGCCAGGCGUCAGUACUCCUAUUGAUGCUGCAAUUCAGGAUGAACAUAUGAUUUAUUUCUUCCAUCAAUACAUGGUAUUUGUCUAUGACUAUAACAACAAGGAAGUCACAGGGAUUCAAUAUGCAAGUUCACAUGUAUGCAAAUAGUUAAUCUUUUGGAAAAAAUAUCAGAAAAUAUUGAUGAUCCAGGAAGUGCUAUUAUUGAACUUGGCUACAAUAACAUGAAUCAGCUUCUAUUUUUGCAUUGUCAAUUUAUUUUAUACUACAACUAGUUACAUUCACUUAUAUUUUCUGAAUAAUUUUGGUUUGUUUUCUUAACUAUUGCACUCUACUUACAUUUACUCAUAGCUUGUGAUGGUUGCAACAACUUAAGAAAAAUAAAGCUUUAAUGCAUUAUA